AUGGCCCAAGUCCCCGUCCAGACCCUUCACCGGGACCCCCAGUUAUUUUACUGGAUUCUCAUCCCCAUCACCGUCGUCAUGGUCCUCACCGGCGUCCUCCGUCACUAUGCCUCGGUCCUCAUGGCCACGGCGCCCAAGAAGCUCGACGCAAAGGCCCUCCGCGAGCAGCGCGCCCUGUCCCGCGGCGUCGCCCUGCGCUCAAACUAUCACGUCAUCUCGCAGCGCGCCUUCGAGUCGCGUCGCGAGACCCUCAUCGCCGGGUACGAGUCGGGCGCCUUCCUCAAGGAGCCCGAGCGCAAGGGCCAGCCGCCCGCCAACCCGCUCACCGACCCGAGCCAGAUGGACGGCAUGAUGGGCAUGAUGAAGAACAACAUGGCCAUGAUCAUCCCCAACACCCUCAUCAUGAGCUGGAUCAAUGCCUUUUUCAGCGGAUACGUCAUCAUGAAACUCCCCUUCCCCAUCACCAUCAAGUUCAAGAGCAUGCUGCAGGCGGGCGUGCAGACGAAGGACAUGGAUCCGCGGUGGAUGUCGAGCAUUAGCUGGUACUUUCUCUGCAUCUUUGGCCUCCAGUUCGUCUACGUCUUUCUGCUCGGAAGUGACAAUGCCGCCAGCCAAAUGGCCCAGCAGAUGGCCCAGCAGCAGAUGCCCAUGGGCCCUAUGGGUGGCCCAGGGCAGGACCCCGACAAGCAGUUCAAGACCGAGGCCGAGAAUCUCGAUGUUGUGGAGCACUACUCGGUUCUGGAUGGCGUCGAGGAGCGUCUCCUCGAGGGUAUCACGUCGUAG